CGCCAUUUCGCUUUCCCCGCACGCGGCUUAUUCUUCUUCUGCUGCUGCUGUUGCAGUCGUCGUUGUUGUAGGGGACGCGGCGCCAUCAAUUAAAAAAAACAACAGCCAAAACCUCCCCCCCCUUAGCACACACCAAGCCCGUCAAUCAUGUCUUGGGACGGCUACAUCGGGAGGCUGAUGCUGAGCGGCGUGGAGAAGGACGCCGUCAUUGUUGGACUGGAAUCCAAGUCGGUGUGGGCGCAUCACCCGGGCAGCCACCUGCGAAACAUCACGCCUGCGGAAGUGGCCCAGCUGUCUGCACCAAACCGAGAUGGGUUGCUCACAAACGGCAUAACGGUGGCCGGGCGGAAGUGCUCCGUCCUCCGCGACAGUCUUGACGUGGAUGAUGAGCACACCAUGGACUUGCGCACCAAGGCCGACGGGCACAGUAGUACGACCUAUAACAUCGCCAUCGCCAAGUCCUUGAAAACUCUGGUAAUGGUGGAAGGCAAAGAAGGCACUCACGGGGGGCUUCUCAAUAAGACCGCUUUCGACGUGGCGGAUUACUUGCGGAAAUCGGGGUAUUAAGGGCAAGCCGCCGCCCCCCCCCCCCCCCCCCCCCGAGGGAAGGAUGAAAUGAAAAAGAAUGGCAACCUUAUCGCCGACUUGUAUCGCUCGCUAACCCAAACUGGUCAAUUGAUGAAAGAAAAACUAUAUAUACACGAUAUAUAUACACAAACACGAGGAGAAAAUAAAUACAAUUUGAUAAAAAGUGCAUUGUCCGUGCCCCCCCCCCCCCUUAGUCCCGCUGUAUUUUGCUACGCGUCAACCAGCACCGUCGCCGCUACUCGAUUUCGAACGGGUCUGGCCCACGGCGCUCGCGACAACAGUUUCGCGUCUCUCUUUAAAAGCAGCGGCGGUGGUGGCGCCUCCUCUUCCUCUGGGGGUGUGGUGGUGGUGGUUGGGUGGGUGAGUGGGGGGGGGGGGUUUAUUGUUUUUACUAAAAAAAAAAUGGGUGGAAAAAAAGUUCUAAAAAAUGUAAAAAAAACAAAUAAGAAUAAAAAAAAGUAAACAAAAAAAUUGACGCGGCGCAUCACUUCAAGGCAACAAUGCAAAAUCAAAUGCAAUAAACGAUUACAGUUCAAACCCUGGUGGUAUUGCUCCAAUUUUCUUGCUCAGUACUUCGACUCAUCCCCUACCGCCGUGACUUUUAAGAGCUGAGUGGCAAAGUCCCCCCCCAUUCGCUGUUGCGUAUCGGAACUUGGCGGCUAGCCGUGGCAGAAUGGCGGCAUCCUGUGGGCUUAUUCAGAUCUUCCAAAGUUAUGUCGUGGUUGCCGAGGUGGAGAGAAACCGGGUUUGUGGAAGCGGCUAAUGAAUCCUGUGGUUUGUGUUUUUUUUAAACACAAUUUGGUAUGUGCGUGCCUAACCUACAAUCGUGUAUUUUUGUUUCCCCCCCCCCCCCCCCCACAAACAAAAAAUUUGCAGCACAACACGGUGUAGAGUUGUCUUUGCACGACGAUAAGUUCCUCCCACUUGCCUUGGCAUAUGCAUUCUUUUACGUUGGGGUCAAAAGGUUUGCGAGUCAUUAUAAUUGCAUUAAACCAUUUGCUGUAUCAA